AUGUCAAACCCCGAAGAACCAACUCCCCAGAAUGGUGGUCAGGUCAUCUCGUCUUUCCCAUUGGAUAUGCAGACCCCCGGUGGGAGACACGAUAAUGACCAAGCUGAAAUCUCCCAAAUUCAGAUCUUCCCUACCAUUGGGGAGGUUCUGAGUGGUGAUGCGGAAUAUCUACCUUCUACCAACUUCCUCCAACCGCACAUUUUGUCCGAUCCAUUGCAGCGAUACAUUGAUACAACAUUCCGGCUCUUGAGACAUGACAUCUUCGGAUCAGCCAAAGCUGUGCUCAGGGGUCUGUUGCAACAGGAUGAUUUGACGCGAGUGCCCUCUCUCUCACACGAAGAAGCCGGGACGAAUUUGUAUCGGGCGGCUCGUGUUCAACACAUGUUCAUCAACCAAAAGGAUGAGCUCCAAGCAACUGUAUCAUUUGCUCCACCAUCACAACUACGGAACAAGACCUCAAACGGGCAAUGCAAAUGGUGGCAAGACUCUAGCCGGCUAGAAGAGGGAAGCUUAGUGUGCUUUUUGACAUCCCAAAGAGCAAACAGAAGGUUUGUCUUCCUUGAGAUCACUUCGAAGAAUUGUUUCGAAGAUCCAGAUCAUGAGAGAAACAGUAGUCUGGUCUCAGAUGGGUUCAUGUCCAGUAUCACAGUCAAGCUUGCAGCAUGUCAGCAAUCAGAAGUGCUGUCCCUGAGUCAUAUCUACAGCAAAAUAAUUCCUGGGAUCCUCGUCGAAUUUCACAACAUGAUCCCGGCGACUUUCAUGCCGAUUCUUGAAAACCUUCAGCGAGUCGAACGCGAAGGGGACUUGUCGUUCCAAAAAUGGAUCUUGCCAGGUCGACUAAACGAUGGAGCUGAUCACAGCAUGCCCCCACCGGCAUAUGCAUGCACACCUGGCUUUUUCUUCCCUCUAACUUCCAUCACAAAAUAUGGAAAUGGGUUCAACUAUUUGAAUCCAAGAGCCCCGGAGACUAUUGACAUCAUGAAUCUGGAAGAUCAGACCGGCCUCGACCGUGGUCAGUGUCGGGCACUUGUUGCAGCUCUCAGUCGAGAAUACGCCCUCAUCCAAGGCCCCCCAGGCACUGGGAAAUCAUAUCUCGGUGUCAAAAUUCCUCAGGCUCUCCUUGAGGUCAAAGCAAGCGCAGACCUAGGCCUGAUAAUCGUGAUCUGCUAUACGAACCAUGCUCCGGAUCAAUUUUUGAAACAUGUUCUUGAUGUUGGGGUCAAUAAAAUCAUACGCAUUGGGGGCCGCAGUCAGGCUACUGAGCUUGAAGGCAAAAACCUUCGUGUUGUUAGACAAGGCAUCGUGAAGACGGGAGGGGAAGGCCAUACUCUUGGUACGGUCUAUCGAGCAAUUGAAACAUAUAUGAACAGUGCGGUACGCUCCAUGAAGCCUCUACACCUGUCACCCAGUGAUCUAUCUUGGGACACGAUCGGACCGUUUUUGAAACGCGAAUGGCCCAACAUACAUCGACAGCUUGCACAGCCAGACAACGAGGAAUUUACGACUGCUACUGAUGAUAUACUGCUUCAGUGGCUUGGUGUUAAGUCAAUGAGGUUCCACAAACAUGGAGACGAGGGUGAUGUUGAGAAACAAGAGCGCGAAACUGAGUCACCAGGCAGAAAUGCGGGCCUUCCCGGGGCCCAGGCUGUAUUUCCAUGGUCAGGUUGCCUUAAGGUUGAGUGCCACGCGCCUUCCCGUCGUGAUUCCAUGGAACCAGACCCUCAGGAACAUGCAUGA